AAUGAGUAAUAGCAGUGAUAGACUUCAAGCGAAGAACUACAUCAAGAGGCCCAACUCAAAGACCCUGAAAGACCCGAUGAAAUAUGAAGAACGCCCCCAUAAUAUUAAUUCUCAGUUGCAGAACAGUAGGCAUGUCAAAAGCAAAAGUAGCAUUAUGACAAAGUAUAAGGAAAACAAUAAUAAGUUAUAUGAGCUUACUAGACCUAGUAAGCCAAGUUUUAACCCUGUCACCAGCCCUAGCAACAUCGCCUACCCAAAAGAGUUUAUUUGUGAAGACAUAAUCUCCACUGAGCGAACACCUCACUACACACUCAAAACUAAAAAGAAGAGCAUGAUGAAGAACAUGAAGUUUCUCUAAAUAAUCUGAAAAGCCAGUCCUCCCUUAUUAAAAAGAAUGGUAAGAUACUCAAGAAGUAUUCCAAUCCAAACGGGCAGAGUGCAGAUAGCCAGGCGAUGCUACGCCACUCCUGUAAGAGUAGUUGCCAUCAGACCAAGAACCUAAAGAUAAAGAAAGGGCAAAGCUAUAAGACUAUUAAUAAAGAAAUCGGCAAGAGUCAUUACUCUAGUGAGUCCAUGUCUAGCUUAAAGAAAGGAAACUUUUCUCUCAAUAAUAAGAUUAAGAAGAAAGGGAGGCAGGUUUCGAGUAACAAACAGCAAAAUGAGAGAAAUACUGACAUUUCUCACCCGAAGAAUCACUCGAAAUCUAUAGGGUCCCAAUUGAUGAACUAUACGAAGAAGAGUAAGAGGCUUACAACAAGCACAGAGACUACAUCAAAAGCAAAUAUUCAUGCAAAUCUGAUCAAUAACUCAACUUCCUGUAAUCUCCUAAAUUUCUGUGACCAGAAUUCCUCAUCUUAUGGGAAAAGGAAAAUGACCAAAUACGUUCAGGCAAAGAAUACAGUAAAAGGAAAGAACAACAAGACUGAAGAGUAUUGUAAUCCAAGGAGGUCCAAUACUUCCUUUAGUCACCAGAGUAACUCCAACUGUGGCACUAGCUCUAAAUCUAAAGUGAAAAAGAAAAAGAAAAAGCCUGCUCACAUGAAAAGUCAUAGUAAUAUUCCAAUGUACUAUGAAGGGCAUAUCUCAACAAAAGGGAGUGCGAAGAAACAAUAUUCUGGAUCCAAGAGUAAAAAGAAGAAAACCUGCAGACAUGGGCAUCACCAGUCCCAGUCUAAUGCACCAAUUUCUUUCAAGAACAAGAAUAAUAUGAUCAUGAUAGAUGGGUCAAUGGGUGUCAGAGAGAUCUCAAACUUGUAGCCAAUCAGUCCUAAG